AUGCCAGUGCCUCCCGAUUGCUCCCGAUUGGCGUGGCGUGCCGCGAUGCCAGUGCCUCCCGGUUGCCCCAAGCGUGGCGAUGCCCAGUGCCUCCCGAUUGCCCCGGGCCGUGGCGAUGCCAGUGCCUCCCGGUUGCCCCGGCGGGCGUGGCGAUGCCCGAUUCCUCGAUUGCCCCAGCGGGCCGUGGCGAUGCCAGUGCCUCCCGAUUGCUCCCGAUUGGCGUGGCGAUGCCCAGUGCCUCCCGAUUGCCCCGGCGGGCCGUGGCGAUGCCAGUUCCUCCCGAUUGCUCCCCAGCGGGCCGUGGCGAUGCCAGUGCCUCCCGAUUGCCCCAGCGGGCGUGGCGAUGCCGAUUCCUCGAUUGCUCCCAAGCGGGCCGUGGCGAUGCCAGCGCCUCCCGGUGCUCUUGCUCGGGGGGCGUUUGUUCUUCACCCUUCUCAUGCACAAUGA